UCGACAUAUUUCCCAGCGAACUAAGGGAUUGCAUCUCUACCAACCAUUAGCGUCAUGCUGGUCUAGAGUAUGCGGAGUGAAUUGGUGGGCUACUCCGUGUUACCAACUCGUUUUCGCGUGAGACAUGCUUAUUGCCAUACCUGGUCAAGGUAUUUUGCCGGGGUGAGCGGGCGCCGCACACGCGCUGCAUGACCCUGUCAGGCUGCCAGCUAGAAUGUUAUCUUAUGCGUUCCUGCCUGUGGGUGCCUUCAGAAAGUGAUCUGUAUAAGAAUGUCGUCUCCGGGCCAUCAAGCGUAGUUCUUGGCACAGCUUCCUACUCAAUCAUCAGCGAAUAUUAGUCAAUCCUACCAAUCUGAAAACCCACCUCAAUCAACCAUGGUCAUUAUAGCAGACGCCUACCUGGCCCUCAACCGAGGUAUCGCGGCGCAGAUUGGUCUUGCGUCUGAGGCAAUCAAAGCCUACAAGCAGAAAGAAGCACCGCGAGAGCAAACCGAUGAAGAGGAAUGGGGCCUCGACGAAGCUCAAGAUGAGCUGCGCAGUCCUAGUCCUGCUAAGUCGGAUGCACAGGCUCGAGAUGCCAGCUCCUUGGCAGACUCUGUUAUCGAGCGAAUUCCCCCCUCGGUUACAUCCAUAUCAAGUCUCAACAAGCUCCCGCAUCCUGUGAUCUUGCCGCAGCGCAGGCCCAAGGACCGCAGUCGCGGUUUCAUCAGAGCCUACGCUCCGGAUUUAAUGUACGCUGGGAUCGACCAGACCGCCUUCAUCGAUUUCCUCAACACGUUUGAGAAGGCCACCAGGGCGUCGCCGUGGUUGGGCGCCAUCAACCUCGCCUCUGCCGCGACGCUUGCGCUCCCUCACGGGGUUGGCACUGGAGUUGCGAUUGCAAUUCAAGUCGUGGUGGGUAUUGCAAUGGAAUUGCAGAGCAGGAAAAGGUCCAAUACUUUCCUCGACAAGAUGAACAACGAGUACUUCAGACCGCGCGGUUUGUACGUCUUGGUAAUGACGUACGAUACGACGUCGGACAAAGUUCUCACAGAGCAGAGUCUAACCGAAAAUAUCGCAACGUCUCUCAAGCCCAAGGGCCGUGGACACACCAUCAAGGACAAGUUCCGCGUGUCAAAUGGAAAGACAGCGGCCAUCGAGUUCCCGGCCACGGCAGAGCUCAUAUUCCCAGCUCUUGACCGAGCUAUCGAAGCCGAAGGCGAUCCCGAGAACCCCAAGAAGAUCAGUAGCGUCAAGAAAGCCAUGGAGUUCAUCAACGACUAUUAUGACCGCAGAGCCCAGGCACUCUACAUAGCCAAGAACCCCAACAGCCCUCUGGCGAUUCAAGCUCCGCCACCAAAAUUUAACUCGCGAUUUGCGGAUCCUACUCAUCAGUCAAACAACGGAUCUCCGAUUUCGUUGAUCACAGCUGGCAAGAUUGAAUUUCAUCCCGAUCCUACUGCGCGACCUCACGCCGAGAAUCGUGGGCUUAAGCGCAUCCUCAAGAAGGAUGUCUUGUACCUUACGGUUGUCAACAUGCCGUCCGAGAAGGAAAUGGAGAACGCGCUGAAAAUGGCGGCGGGGGAGAAGGGCUACCAAACACCCGAGUGAAGUGAGAUGGUUCGAUGUCAUUUCCUAUUCGAGGGUAGAAAACUGAUGUCAGCUUGAGAAUCGCGGGAGUCUGACUUACAUCAUUACUAGAUUGGGAAAGGGGUGAAUAGAAGGCUUUAUCAAAUUUGACAACAUCAGCUGCGGACAUACUUUAGAUAGCCACUUAUUAUUGAAACGAACCCUUCAUUUAUCAAA